CCGAAGCUGCCCGGAUAGUUAACGCUGAACGUACGGAGUACACUAGUUGACCAUCUCCAGUGUCCUGUUCAUGUCCAAUUGCUAGCGCAACAACUGCAGCUGCAGCAACACAGCAACAUCAGCCACGCAGUUUCCCUCGGCUCGUGGCAGCCCCACGCCCUGAGCUAGGGCUCUCCAGAGACAGGCGGCAUUCCGGGCGAGGCAUUCGAUUUAGAUGGCCGCCAUGGCGGCCGAAGGCGGCGACCAGGCUGAACGCCUGCCCAUGCCGUCGCGCAACCCGCUCCCGUUGUCGGCAUCGCAAGAGGCCCAGGUCAGGGAGAUCUUCUAUGCGCGAGUGCGGAGGAAAUGCGCCGACGAAAUCAAGGCCUUCGCAGACUGCGCCAUGAACCGCACCUUCACGACCCCCUUCGUCUGCCGCGAGACGCACCGCGCCAUGAACAGCUGCCUCAAGACGCACGCGACGCAGGAGGAGCAGGACGCCGCGCGCGAGGAGUGGUUCGCGCUGCGGCUGCAGCGGCAGCGCGAGCGCGAGCGCAAGGCGCGCCGCAAGGCCGAGCAGGAGGCCUUCCUGCGCGAGUGGUGGGGCCUGCCGGAGAAGGACCGCGAAGAGGCCCGCCGCGAGAUGGAGAAGUUGCGGCAGGGCGAGAGGGUUGCCGGCGUUGCGAGGAGGAAUGGGCCCCCACCACGGCAAGAAGGGCAACGACAAGAGCAUGAGGGGAGGUGACAUUGGGGGAAGAAGAACUUAUAUCACUGUGGCCUUGGAUGGGGAGUAUAGAGCGUUAGUGCGGCACGGAGAGACGCGCACGUUGGCGUGUGUAUUAUACGUGGAUAUCUGGUGUGAGGAGCUGAAGGACCGGCCGGUUCAUCCGGACCGCAAGUCGUCACGCCAGCUGAGACGGAUACCGUGGGAGUGGCGUUGG